UGCUGCUGCUGCUGCGUUGGGGAAGCCAUGCGGUGCCUCCGGGAGUCCCAGCAGCAGCGCUGAGGAAGAGGAGGCACAGGAGGCAGAUGAAGGCGCCUUGGCUCCGAGGGGAGCAGCGACUCGACCUGAAGGAGGAGGACCUCUCCUCCUCCUCUUCGCCUUUUGGACCCUCUCCUCCUUCUCCUUUGCCCAGCCAUGGAGCCCUUCUUCGCAGAGGGAGCACGGGUUUGGUUGCGAGAAAAUGGCCAACAUUAUCCAAGUACUGUACUUUCCUGUGCGGAGGGAGUUGUUGUGUUCAGGACAGAUUAUGGUCAGGUAUAUACUUACAAACAGAGAUCAAUUACACACCAAAAAGUAACAGCUAUGCAGGCUACAAGCACAGAAGGCCUGGAAGACAUGGCAGCACUGAUAGACCUCCAUGAGGGUGCCAUAAUGCACAACCUAUUCCAGCGUUAUCAGCAAAACAAAAUUUAUACUUACAUUGGUUCCAUAGUUGCCUCAGUAAACCCGUAUAAGACCAUCCCAGGCCUCUACGAUCGCACCACAGUGGAGGAAUAUAGCCGACACCACCUGGGAGAAACUUCACCUCAUAUCUUUGCUGUUGCCAAUGAGUGCUACCGCUGCCUAUGGAAACGUCAUGACAACCAGUGUGUUCUCAUCAGUGGUGAAAGUGGUGCUGGUAAAACAGAGAGCACUAAGUUGAUUCUGAAGUUUUUGUCUGCGGUGAGCCAACAUUCACUGGAACUCUCUCGUAAGGAGAAGACCUCUAGUGUUGAACAAGCAAUUUUGGAGAGCAGUCCAAUUAUGGAAGUUUUUGGCAAUGCAAAGACUGUUUACAAUAACAACUCAAGUCGCUUUGGGAAAUUUAUUCGGCUAAACUUUUGUCAGAAAGGCAACAUUCAGGGAGGGAAAAUAGUAGAUUAUUUAUUAGAGAAGAAUCGAGUAGUAAGGCAAAACCCAGGAGAGAGAAAUUAUCACAUAUUCUAUGCCCUGCUGGCAGGGAUGGAGGGAGAAAAAAGAGAUGCAUUUUACUUAUCUGCACCGGAAAACUAUCACUACCUGAAUCAGUCUGGAUGUGUAGCAGACAAGACAAUCAAUGACAAAGAAACUUUCAAAGAAGUUAUUACGGCUAUGGAAGUGAUGCAGUUCACCACUGAGGAGGUGCGAGAUGUUCUUCGACUUCUUGCUGGCAUUUUGCAUCUUGGCAACAUUGAAUUUAUAACUGCUGGUGGAGCACAGGUGUCAUUCAAAACAGCUCUGGGUAGAUCCGCAGAGUUACUUGGGCUGGACUCAACACGACUAACUGAAGCAUUAACACAGAGAUCAAUGAUACUCAGGGGAGAAGAAAUUUUAACACCUCUCAAUGUACAGCAGGCAAUAGACAGCAGAGAUUCAGUAGCUAUGGCACUUUAUUCCCAGUGCUUUGCCUGGGUUAUUAAAAAAAUCAACAGCAGAAUAAAAGGCAAAGAUGAUUUCAAGUCCAUUGGAAUCUUAGACAUCUUUGGAUUUGAGAAUUUUGAGGUUAAUCGUUUUGAGCAGUUUAAUAUUAACUAUGCAAAUGAAAAACUUCAGGAGUAUUUCAACAAGCACAUUUUUUCAUUAGAGCAAUUGGAAUAUAGCCGAGAAGGACUCCUAUGGGAAGACAUUGACUGGACAGAUAAUGGAGAGUGCUUGGAUCUUAUUGAAAAGAAACUUGGUUUAUUAAGUUCCAAUAUGAUGUCAGAGGAAUCUGGAGAAAAACAGGGACUGUUCAGGAUGAUCCUCCUUAAAACCGCUACGGAAAGCAGCCUUGAUUUCAUAUAUGACCUCUUUGAACAUGUUUCAAGCCGCAGCAAUCAAGACACUUUGAAAUGUGGGAGUAAACAUCGAAAACCCACUGUCAGUUUACAAUUCAAGGAUUCACUGCAUUCCUUAAUGGCAACACUAAGCACAUCUAACCCUUUCUUUGUUCGCUGCAUCAAGCCCAACAUGCACAAGAUGCCUGACCAGUUUGAUCAGAAUGUUGUGCUGAACCAGCUACGUUACUCUGGAAUGCUUGAGACAGUGCGUAUCCGAAGGGCCGGUUUUCCAGUGCGGAGGCCAUUUCAAGACUUUCAUAAAAGAUACAAGGUCCUGAUGAGAAAUUUGUCUCUCCCAGAAGAUUUAAAAGGAAAGUGUACCAGCCUCCUUCACCUGUAUGAUAGCACAAAUACUGAAUGGCAACUUGGAAAAUCUAAGGUAUUUCUUCGUGAAUCUUUGGAGCACCAGCUGGAGAAACAACGAGAGAUAGAGGUCAACAAAGCAGCCAUGGUUAUCCGAGCACAUGUCCUGGGCUACAUGGCACGAAAGCAAUACAGAAAGGUCCUGCACUAUGUGGUCGUCAUACAGAAGAACUACAGAGCUUUAUACUUCAGGAGGAGAUACCUGCUUCUGAAGAAAGCAGCCAUCACGUUUCAGAAACAGCUGCGAGGCCAGAUUGCUCGUCGUAUUUAUAAACAGCUACUAGAGCAGAAACGACAGCAAGAAGAGGAAAAAAAGAGAAAAGAAGAAGAAGAAAGAAAGUGGCAAAAGCAGGAAGCAGAACGUAUUGCUCGGCAGUUGCAGGCAGAGGAGGAGAGACGGCAGCAGGAACUGGCAGCUAUUCAGAAAACACAGAAGGAGGAACAGCUAAAGCGGGACCUGGAGAAGCAGAAAGAAAAUAAGCAGGUGGAAGAAAUCUUGCGCCUGGAAAAAGAGAUUGAAGACCUGCAACGUAUGAAGGAGCAACAAGAACUGACAUUGACAGAGGCCUCAUUGCAGAGACUGCAGCAACUCCGAGAUGAAGAGCUGAAGCGACUGGAGGACGAAGCCUGCCGAGCAGCACAAGAGUUCUUGGAAUCCCUAAACUUUGAUGAAAUUGAUGAAUGUGUCCGAAACAUUGAGAGGACGCUCUCUGUAGGCAGUGGUUUCUGUGCAGAACUAAGUGAACAGACUGGGAAUGCAGGCAUUGAAAAGCCCAAUUUUAACUUCAGCCAGCCAUACCCUGAGGAAGAGGUUGACGAAGGCUUUGAAGCAGAUGAUGAUGCUUUCAAAGAUUCACCUAAUCCAAGUGAACAUGGCCACUCUGAUCAAAGGACAAGUGGCAUAAGGACAAGUGAUGACUCUUCAGAAGAAGACCCAUACAUGAAUGACACAGUAGUUCCAACAAGUCCUGCUACUGGCAAUAGCACACUUAUUCCUUCUAGCCAUGACUCCAUCAGUCUCCACAACUCCUCGAGCGGUGAAUCAACAUAUUGCAUGCCAGAAAAUGUGUCAUGCAGGCCCCAAAAUUCCACUGACCUAAUCUCUCCUGAUGGAGACUAUGAUUAUGACCAGGAUGACUAUGAAGAUGGUGCUAUUACUUCUGGAAGCAGCGUGACUUUUUCUAACUCUCACAGUAGUCAGUGGUCCCCUGACUAUCGCUGUUCUGUGGGAACAUACAACAGUUCUGGAGCAUACAGAUUUAGUUCUGAGGGAGCUCAAUCUUCUUUUGAAGACAGUGAAGAAGAUUUUGACUCCAGGUUUGAUACAGAUGAUGAACUUUCUUAUCGAAGAGAUUCAGUCUACAGCUGUGUCAGCCUGCCUUAUUUCCACAGCUUUUUGCACAUGAAAGGUGGCUUGAUAAAUACAUGGAAGCGUCGUUGGUGUGUCUUAAAAGAUGAGACUUUCUUGUGGUUCCGCUCAAAACAGGAAGCUCUCAAGCAAGGCUGGUUACAUAAGAAAGGUGGUGGGUCAUCUACACUUUCCAGGAGAAACUGGAAGAAACGCUGGUUUGUCCUCCGGCAGUCCAGGCUCAUGUACUUUGAAAAUGAUAGUGAAGAAAAACUCAAAGGGACCCUCGAAAUCCGAAUGGCCAAAGAUAUCAUUGAUAACACAAGCAAGGAAAAUGGGAUUGACAUUGUCAUGGGAGACAGAACAUACCACUUGAUUGCUGAGUCUCCAGAGGAUGCAAGUCAGUGGUUCAGCGUUCUGAGUCAAGUCCAUGCUUCCACAGAGCAGGAAAUCAGAGAGAUGCAUGAUGAGCAAGCGAAUCCACAGAACGCUGUGGGUACACUAGAUGUUGGACUGAUUGAUUCUGUCUGUGCAUCGGAUAAUCCAGAUCGACCCAAUUCAUUUGUGAUCAUCACAGCUAAUCGUGUUCUUCACUGCAAUGCUGACACUCCAGAGGAGAUGCAUCACUGGAUCACCUUGCUGCAGAGAUCUAAAGGGGACACUCGUGUGGAGGGACAAGAGUUCAUAGUCAGGGGAUGGCUGCAUAAGGAGGUUAAGAACACGCAGAAGAUGACUCUGUUGAAGCUGAAGAAACGGUGGUUUGUUUUGACGCACAAUUCUUUGGAUUAUUACAAGAGCUCAGAGAAAAAUGCCCUCAAAUUGGGUACCCUGGUGCUAAACAGCCUCUGUUCUGUUGUGCCUCCCGAUGAGAAAAUCUUUAAAGAGACAGGUUACUGGAACGUGACUGUGUAUGGACGCAAGCAUUGCUACCGUCUCUAUACUAAGCUGCUUAAUGAAGCUUCCCGCUGGGCAAGUGCUAUUCAGAAUGUGAUUGACACAAAAGCACCAAUUGACACUCCCACUCAGCAGCUUAUUCAAGACAUUAAGGAGAACUGCCUAAACCCUGAAGUGGUUGAACAGAUCUAUAAGAGGAACCCUAUUCUUCGUUACACACAACAUCCACUGCAUUCUCCAUUAUUGCCACUUCCAUAUGGGGACAUCAACCUAAACAUGCUCAAAGACAAAGGCUACACUACUCUUCAGGAUGAAGCUAUCAAAAUCUUUAAUUCUCUGCAACAACUGGAGUCUGUGUCAGAUCCCAUUCCUAUAAUUCAGGGCAUUCUCCAGACAGGACAUGAUUUACGGCCCCUCCGUGAUGAGCUGUACUGUCAGCUCAUCAAACAGACCAGCAAGGUGCCUAAUCCAGGGAGUGUUGGCAAUCUUUACAGCUGGCAGAUCCUCACAUGCAUGAGCUGCAUGUUUCUACCAAGCCGUGGUAUUCUCAAGUACCUGAAAUUUCAUCUGAAAAGGGUGCAUGACCAGUUUCCAGGCACAGAAAUGGAAAAAUAUGCUCUUUUCAUUUAUGAAUCUCUUAAAAAGACCAAAGGCAGAGAGUUUGUGCCUUCCCGGAGUGAAAUUGGAGCUUUAAUCAACAGACAGGAGAUGACAUCAACAGUCUAUUGUCAUGGUGGUGGCUCCUGUAAGAUUACCAUUAAUUCCCACACCACUGCUGGUGAGGUUGUUGAAAAAUUAAUUCGAGGCCUGGCCAUGGAAGAUAGCAGAAAUAUGUUUGCCUUGUUUGAAUACAAUGGAACCACAGAAAAAGCCAUCGAAAGCAGAACAGUUGUGGCUGAUGUCUUGGCAAAGUUUGAAAAGCUUGGCGCUGCUUCUGAGGGUGAUCAAAUGGCAUGGAAAUUUUACUUCAAGCUCUACUGCUUCCUAGAUACUGAUCAUGUGCCAAAAGAUAGCGUGGAAUUUGCAUUCAUGUUUGAGCAGGCACAUGAAGCAGUGAUUCGAGGACAUUAUCCAGCUCCUGAAGAAACCCUCCAGGUCCUUGCUGCCUUGCGGCUCCAGUAUCUACAAGGAGACUAUACUUCAUCCAAUAUCACUGUGCCAGAAUUGGAAGAAGUCUACCCACUGCAGAGGCUGAAGUCCCGUAUUAUCCAGUCCACUAAAACCUUCACUCCAGCAGAGAGAUUAGAGAGGAAGCGGACCAACUUCCUGGAAGGCACCCUGAGGCGGAGUUUCCGCAGUAGUUCCAUCAGCAAACAGAAGAUGGAAGAGGAUCAGAUGCUUGACAUGUGGGUCAAAGAGGAGAUCUCUGCAGCCAGGACAAGUGUGAUUGAUAAAUGGAAGAAAAUGCAGGGAAUGAGCCAAGAACAAGCUAUGGCAAAAUACAUGAGUUUGAUUAAGGAGUGGCCUGGGUAUGGAUCAACACUGUUUGAUGUAGAGUGUAAAGAAGGAGGCUUCCCUCAAGAGCUUUGGUUGGGUGUUAGUGCUGAUGCUGUUUCUGUCUACAAACGUGGAGAGGGUAGACCAUUAGAAGUGUUUCAAUAUGAACACAUCCUCUCCUUUGGUGCUCCCCUUGCUAAUGUCUACAAGAUUGUGGUGGAUGAGAGAGAGCUGCUUUUUGCAACCAUUGAGGUUGUUGACAUUGCCAAACUGAUGAAAGCCUAUAUCAGCAUGAUUGUGAAAAAACGUUACAGCACAUCUCGAUCAGUGAGCAGUCAUGGAAGUCAGGGCAGCUCCAGGUGAAGCAAGUAAACCUGUCCAGUGAACACAUUGCUACCGUCCCAUCACUUUCUCCAGAAAUGGUGACCGGAAGUAUCUCUCAAGCUACAAACAAAACCAUAUUUCUUGGAGAACAUUUGCUCAACGUGAAAUGCUCAGCGAAUAAAACAAAGGAAAAAAACAUAACAUCUGCUUGCAUAGUCCUAUACUAAACCUGUUGGCUAGCCUACUUCAGGCCAUCCAAUGCUCUGUUACCUCUUGAUAACAUCCCAUAUGCCUUAACUUCCAAUACACUGCCUUUGAAGCAGUAAGAAGUGCCUUAAAACAUUUGUAAAACCAAUUUGCAUUGAUCUACAUUGUAUUAUCAGAAAGUUUGCUUUUGUUUUUAAAAUAAACCACUCAGCAUAUUUAGGAGGAGCUAAUUCAGCCAUCUUGCACUAUCCAACUGGCUGGUUCAUAAUCAAGGACGGAAAGAAGCCUUUUUCUUGGAAUGCUGCAGGCGGCUUUCCUUAUUGACUUUCUUGGCAAUAUUAUAUUCUCCUUCUCCGUUAGCCCCCUUCUAUCUUUUCAUAUGUGUGCUUGCAUAUGACCUGGGUUAACUCCUCUGACUUUAUUCCAUGUUUCACAACCUUUUAAAAUUGAAAGGGAAUAAUAAUGUGCAAUGGUGUAAACAGUCUUUAUGUACAUUUGAAUAGUCCAGAGCUAUAGUUGUUUCAGUUGUAGACUUUCUUUGUAAGCCAAUUUUAUUUACAAAUUUGGAGGGGGGGGGUACCAUAAUAAUUUUUAUAUGUAUUUUCUUCUAGAGAGGAUUUUUCCAUCCUUUUGUUACAUAUGUAUGUAACAGGCCUAUGUUUCUAUACCCUGCUGUAACACAUGUAGUUGAAAGAAACUAUUUAUAGACUGCCCUUCACCUGGAAAUGCCAUUAUCAGCACAACAUUCAAUCAGUUUUACAUUAUAAGUUUGUUUAUAAGUUCAUUUUUAUGUUAUGAGUUGUUUUUUAAAAAAAGAUAUUAAACAUUUGUUUU